CGGCAGCGCGGGGGCCCGCCGGCCCCACCCGGGACACACGCGCGCCCCCAGCCCGCGGCACCGGUGAGCGCCGGAACGGACGACCCUGCCCGGACCCAAAGCCUGCGCGCGCACGUAGCACCCCUCCGCCGUCAUGGCGACCUCCUCCGAAGAAGUCUUGUUGAUCGUAAAGAAGGUGCGUCAGAAGAAGCAGGAUGGUGCUCUUUACCUCAUGGCAGAAAGGAUUGCUUGGGCCCCCGAAGGCAAGGAUAGGUUUACAAUCAGCCAUAUGUACGCGGAUAUUAAAUGCCAGAAAAUCAGUCCCGAAGGGAAAGCUAAAAUCCAGCUUCAGCUGGUCCUGCACGCAGGAGACACCACCAACUUCCAUUUCUCCAACGAAAGCACAGCCGUGAAGGAGCGCGACGCCGUGAAGGACCUUCUUCAGCAGCUGCUGCCCAGAUUCAAGAGGAAAGCCAAUAAAGAACUGGAGGAGAAGAACAGAAUGCUGCAAGAAGAUCCUGUUUUGUUUCAGCUCUAUAAAGACCUAGUUGUGAGUCAAGUGAUCAGCGCAGAGGAGUUCUGGGCAAACCGCUUAACCAUGAACGCGUUGGAUAGUUCUUCUGCACCGAAUCACAGGCAGGACGUGGGCAUUUCUGCGGCAUUUCUGGCUGACGUUCGACCCCAGACAGACGGCUGCAAUGGCCUGCGGUAUAACCUGACUUCCGAUAUCAUCGAGUCCAUAUUUAGGACGUAUCCAGCAGUCAAAAUGAAGUAUGCGGAGAACGUCCCACAUAACAUGACGGAGAAAGAGUUCUGGACGCGCUUUUUCCAGUCCCAUUAUUUCCACAGGGACCGUCUCAACACGGGGUCAAAAGACCUCUUCGCCGAAUGUGCCAAAAUGGACGAAAAGGGGCUGAAAACAAUGGUGUCCUUGGGAGUGAAGAAUCCACUGUUGGAUUUGACAGCACUGGAGGAUAAAUCAUUAGACGAGGGCUAUGGGAUCUCCUCUGUGCCGUCCACUUCCAACUCCAAAUCCCUAAAGGAGAACAGCAAUGCAGCCAUCAUUAAGCGAUUUAACCAUCACAGUGCCAUGGUCCUGGCAGCGGGUCUCAGGAAACAAGAAGCACAAAAUGACCACGCCAGUGAGACCGGCAGCGCAGACGGGAACUCGCGCGAUUCAGACUUCUUUCAGCCUCCGUUCAAGAGGGUGAAGCUGCAAGAGUCCAUUGAAUACGAAGACUUGGGAAAAAAUAAUAGCGUGAAAACAAUUGCACUAACCCUCAAGAAGUCAGAUAGGUAUUACCACGGUCCGACUCCAAUUCAGUCCUUGCAAUAUGCAACGAGUCAGGAUAUCAUUAAUUCUUUUCAGAGUAUUAGACAAGAAAUGGAAGCCUAUACUCCUAAACUAACUCAGGUUCUUUCGAGUACUGCUGCAAGUAGUACCAUCGCGGCCCUGUCGCCCGGAGGAGCGCUCAUGCAGGGAGGAACACAGCAAGCCAUAAACCAGAUGGUGCCAAAUGACAUUCAGUCUGAGCUGAAACACUUGUACGUGGCAGUCGGGGAACUGCUGAGGCAUUUCUGGGCCUGCUUUCCUGCGAACACGCCAUUCCUAGAAGAGAAGGUGGUCAAGAUGAAAAGCAAUUUGGAACGAUUCCAAGUUACGAAGCUCUGCCCAUUCCAAGAAAAGAUCCGGAGACAGUAUUUAAGCACAAACUUGCUAGGUCACAUAGAGGAGAUGCUCCAGGCGGCCUACAACAAACUCCACACGUGGCAAUCCAGGCGCAUGCUGAAGAAGACGUGAAGCGUCUUGGCCGCGGAAAGGUCUUUUGUGCGUGGGGGCGGGAGGGUGGGGGCCUUCUUGUUGUCGUCUUUGUUUCUGUAAAAAGGCAGAUGCAGUCCGCGACGGUCGUAGGAACGCGACCUGACAAAUCCGCUGAUCGUUCAGGUGUCGCGGGGAGGGCUGCAUCCAACGGACAUCUGCGGCCGAUGUUUCUUGAACUUGCACCUUUGGUGGGAGAGGGCAGGGCCGGGCCAUUCAACACGCAGACGGGGCGGAUUGCUGAGGAAGAACCCAGAGGAGAGAGCCGAGGCUCGAAAGCGAACGUUUUUCGAAAGAGACUGUUUACUGCAGUUACUCAGGAAACUGCUUCUGAUCUGCAUCGAGCUGCUCUCGGAAAUAAAGAGAACUUCUGGAAAGGGGGUGAAUUCAUCCAGUCGGGGUGGGGGGCGGGGGCCGGGAAUAUAGGGUCUAGUUUUUUUUAAUGUCUGCGGCACAGGGUAAAAUGUGUAAAAAAAAAAAAAUUUUUUUCUCUCGAUGGGAUCCUCGUUUUGGAUUCUCCGUGGGCCUUCUGAGACAAAGAUGCAAGGGAAUAUUUUGAAUAAGCAGAGAAAACCGUUGCUUCGUAGCUCCGGGACUGGGGCGGGUCAAGGGGGGAUCUCCUGGGCCAGGACUCCGAAAUAUGAAGCAAUAGGAUGUUUGCACUGAAUGCUUGUUUGUGCUUGGGGGGUCCCUAGGAGGCCAACGGGGGAGCAUUUUUGGCAGAAAAUCUUGGGUUUUUAUGCAGAGACCUUUUUUUCGGAGACAUUGGAGUUGCAUGUUUUUCUUCGAGUGCAAGCGCGCGCUGCUGAAAUGGGAUGGGGUUUUUUUUUUUAAGGUGGCAUGUGCUUCAAGGGACAAGGAGGAAGAACGCAUUUUUAAAACUUUAAAAAUCUUACAAGUGAUGUAUAAGAAAUCACUUAUUUUCACUUCUUUAGGAAAAACAAUAAAACCUUUCUCUUAAG